AUGUUCGCUCGCGUCUUCACCGUCCUCGCUCUCGCUGCCGCCGUCGUCGCUGCCCCCUCGGGUGGUUCGUCGUCGUGCAACUCUGGUGCUCUCCAGUGCUGCAACCAGGUUCAGCCCGCGGGUUCGAAGAACCUUGAUCUUCCCAGCGGCCUUCUCAGCCUCAUCCCCAUCGACCUCUCGGGCCUCAACGUUCCCAUCGGUAUCACUUGCACGCCCAUCAACGUCAUCGGCCUUGGGGGCAACACCUGCCAGCAACAGACCGUGUGCUGCGAGAACAACACCUUCAACGGUGUUGUCGCUCUCGGCUGCUCGCCCGUCGGUAUCCCGAUCCUCUAA